CCUCCGCUGCGCAGAGCAGGAAGUGGCUGUCAACGCUGUCGCUGUAACGUGAAUGAAAAUGCAACCGUGUAUUUAAGAGAGAAAUUGAAGCUUUUAAAUCGUCUUUUAAAACUUUUUACGUCGUUUGACAGCAGAAACAUCAUUUUUGGAGAACAUGCGGCUGUGUCUGACCUGCGCGCUUUUGGGGCUUUUGUUUUUGACGGUCUUCGACUCAUCAGUAUGCCUGCAGACGACGGUCCGACCAGACAAAGGCUCAACAGUGACGGUGACCGCCGGGCCGCAGUUUGCUCAGUGUGCCGUGUGUACAGUCAGCGGGGUGAACGACACACAGACGUCUUGUCACACGUCUCUGUCUCUCGUCCCUGAGAAGGAGGUCAAACUGCUGUUCAACUGCUCCCAGCCCGUCGAACAGGUGUACGCCGUGACCAUCACUCGGACCAUCGAGUGCACUAAAGACGCCUGCAGCCCGUCGACAGUAGAAACUCAGCCCUCCAUCCUCGCAGAGUUCAGCAGGAGCUUCAGCUGGGAGCUGAAGGCUCCAGAGAAGACGGCCGUGACUCUCAACAUCCUCGGAGCGGGGCUGAUGGAGUCGUCACAACCGUGCCCUGACGGGUUUCAGUAUUUGGUGACCACAUCCAAAACAAACGGCAAAGGCCCGACUCAGUAUUGUCCAAAUGGUUCUGUGACUCGUUUAGACCUGCUCAGCGGAGCCGUCGUGUCUCUGCAAGUUAAACCAAAGGCUCAGGUCAAAGCUGUGCUGUUCUCGGCUUCCGCUGGACCAAUAAAGGGCCGAACGAUGGUCGUAACCGUUGAUUCAGGCACCACCGUGCUCCUCAGCCGAGAUCCUACGGAGGCAGAGUGUGAAGUUUGCUCUGGUAAUGGUGCUACCAGUGACUGCAGCCCCACAGAGAAAACACUGACCAACGCAGAGAAACUCUCGCUGGAGUUCAGCUGCCAAAAGCCAGAGGAUGUGUACAGCGUGAAGAUGAAGAAGAAUAUAGAAUGCACCCAGAGCUCGUGCACUGCCGCAGCAGGAGAAAUUGAUCCAAACCUCUUCAAGGACUUUAAAAGAUCCCUAAUUCUGGACAUUAGCAUACCAGAGAGGACUGUGUUAACACUGGACUUCCCUGGCGGAUUAAAGGAGAUGUCUGGAGCAGAAAAUUGCAAAGAUGGUUACCAGUACAUAGUGAGCACGACAAAAAGUGACGGAAACAUGAAAACGAACAGCUACUGUAAAGGAGGGCCGGACUCUCCGCUGAAGCUGCUCAGAGCGACGACUGUGACCGUGGAGGUGCCCAAAGGAGGCGAAGUGGAUCCAUUCACUGUCAAAGCAACACCAAGAGGAGGUAGAAUGAUGUCCGUGCAGCCUGAUCCCGACACCAUCAUCACCAUCAGCAGGGUGACCAGUGACCCAGAAUGCAAUGUGUGUGAGAAGAAGGACCCCACACCGAUAUGCAAACCAAAUGUCCUCACCCUGAGAGACGCUCGCAACACCUCAGUAGAGUUCGACUGUCCUCGACCUCAGGAUGUUUUCAGUGUGGAGAUCAACAGAGAAAUUGACUGCACGGAGACCUCCUGUUCGGGAGACAUCGUUCAGGCCGAGUCCUCGCUGUUCCCAGACUUCAACCGGACCUUCACCUGGGAUUUAAAAGUCGUCUCCACCCGCGCCUUCCAGCUGGACUUCCCAGAACCGGGAAUGCGACAGAUUCCCAACGAAGAGACCUGUCCGGAUGAGCACACGUACUCUGUCGUCACCUAUCUGCGCACGGGGCCGGCAACCAUCGGUACCUUUUGCAAAGGAGGAACAGUGACGACCAUCCUGGCUCGCUACAAGGGCCGAAUGUCUCUGCAGGUCCCCGGGGACCGAAAGCUGGACCCCAUUAACUUCAAACUCAACGUUGGUCCUGAGACCAGCAUGGCGGCCAUAGUGAAAGUCAACCUGCCUCGAGGUGUAUCAGACACAGACUUCAUCACAGCCAACUACCCCGGCGAUUUCCCCGAUAACCAGCAGAUGCAGUGGGACUUCACGGUGCCCGGCAUGCACAACUACUCCAUGCAGUUUCGUGAUCACACACUUCCAGAGUGCCUCAACGAGGACGCGGUGGUGGAGGUGGAGUACCAGAAAGAGGGCAAGAAGGUGACCAAACUGCCUCUGGAUGGUCCUCAGCCGCAGCAUCAGCAGGGCAACUUCAACAUGGUGCUGAAGAACUGUGAGACCAACAGGACGCUGCAGGGACUCGCCCUGAGCUACAGAGUCUCCGUCAUGAGGAGCGGACAUCCAGUUCUGUGUGCGGUGGAUCUGACCAAACGGCCCGGAGUGUCCCUGCAGAUAGAGAAAGUGGGUUCUGAUCCGUACUGUGAGAUGAGCAUCGACUCUAAGAUUGAGAAGAAGAUAAAUGUGGCCGCAGGCACCAAGGCCAGCCUCUCGUUCCUCGACUGUCCCAAUGAAGAUGUGCGCCUGACUGCCAGUAAAGUUAUUGGGUGCCAAAAUGUGACGACCUGCUCUGCGACUCUCCUCACUGUGCCCAAACUGGACUCCUGUCUGCCGAUGCCGCUCCACAGCUUCACCUGGCACCUCACCAUCCCUCAGGACGGCACCAUAGACUUGAUGUCGCCCACGGGGAGCCUCCGACAGUCUCUGCCCGGCCAGGAGUGUAAUCAGUCUUUCUUGCUGCAUGUGGCAGAGGACGAUGGGUUUUCUCUUGGAGAUUUCUGCCAUAAAGGAAUCAUCCAGAAAAUUCAGGUGCACGCAAAUGUCUCCAUCACAGCCAAUGUCCCGGACUUCAGCAAGACCAGGGGGUCUUUUCUCAAUGUGAGCUUCAGUGAGGAGAUUCCAGAGACAAUCAUUUACAAAGUCAGUCCAAAGGCAUCAUCUCCGACCCUGCUGGCGACCCCCAACUGGCCUCAGGGUAUGAAGCCUUCCUCCACCGUCUCCUGGAUCGUCUCUCUGCCGAGCCAGUACAAGGCACUCACGCAGUUCGUCAACGUCAGCCAGCCCAAAUGUAAAGAGAGACACACCGCCAUCAAGGUGAGGAUGCUGGGGUACGAGGAAGAGCUGAUGAGCCGCAGGGAGGACGAGCAGGCGGAGGACUUGGAGGUGCCACAUAGUUUCUAUCUCAACAUGUCCAACUGUAUACCAGAGGAGGGAAACUUUGGUGCGGUGACCAAAAUCGUUUUACAGAAGAAGACCAAUCUCUUGGCCAUCCUCCUCGGGAUAGCAGGAGCUCUUUUGCUGUUGCUCAUCAUACUGGCUGUUGUUUGCAUCGUCACAAAGAAAAAGAAGAGAGACAGAAUGAACAAGGAGUCGUCCAUCUACAUCGGCAAAGGGAAUAUCUUCCGCCCAGGUGACAGGCACUUCAGCAAAGCUCGGUCUGAUAAUGAAUCCCACGUCUACGCCUCCAUAGAUGAGUCGAUGGUGUACGGCCACCUGCUCGGCGACUUCAGCUAUGCCGACAGCAUUCAGGACCACUACAACGGGACACAGGUGGACUCUUAUAAGACAUUCACAGGCCCCACUGAUCCGGGUCUUCCUGUAAUCACAGAACCGGAGCCCGAGAUGGACCAAUUCAAGACGUUCCUAGACCCGUCUGAGUCUUUCAUCCCGUCCCGUCCGCGUACGCCCAUUGACCGACAGGACAGCCUCGGCUUCCAGGACAGCAGGAUGGUGGUGAAUGAACUGUACACGUUCAAGAGCACGGGGGAUAUAAAUACGAUCCGGCUCUCUGGUGCCGACAUGGAACCACAGCCGCCGAUAACGGAGGACGCUUUGUAGUGUGUAAGGACUGUAGCUGCAUGUUGGACCGCUGUUACUGGAUUGUCAUUACAGCACCGAGUAUCUCCAGAUGGUACUGAUGUGAACUUCUGUGCCUCGAUCACACUCAGGGAAUCUGAGAUCGACGAGCUUCUGAAUGUGAUGUGAACGUCGUCCUCGUCAGAACUCAUUUCUAAAGGUUUAAGACUCGAAGCUGUGAGUGUCUUUCUAAAGGAAUUUUAACAUGUUGGAAGAUACUUUUUGUAAAAUACUUUUUGAGAGUAAGAUGAGAAGAACGGUUACAACCUCACAUCAGUUCAGUAAAUAUGAAGCUACAGUCAACAACUUGUUAGCUCAGCUUAGCAUGAAGACUAGAAACAAGGGGAAACAGCGAGUCUGGCUCUGCCCAAAGGUCACAAAAUCCACCUAAUCCACCCUCUUAAACUGAUACGGAUUAAGACCGAGACACACCACAGUGACAUCAAGGAAUAACACUGAUGAAGUAAAUUGUCGUGUCACCUCAUGUCACCUGUGUCUCGGCCAAAAAAUUGCUCCUGAACGCAUCGCAGAGACUCCAGCCAAUGACCAACUAGCACAUGUGUUCGGCGAGGAAAUCUCACUCUCCAUACCAGCAGGUGGCAGCAGUCUGUAUUCAUCAAUCAAAAAGGGAAACUGCAAGACCAACAAGACGGAUUCAAGACGCUUGUUGACCAGUUAGCACAUUAACAACACAACCAGAUGUUCAAAGAACAUCCUAGUGAACAAUAACAAAAACAACUGUACUAACCGAAUAAUACAGAAUUGUUCUGAUCUCGCCUUUUUGACUUUAGCUGUUUUUUUUUACUUUCCUCACUUUUCGUCUCGUCCACAAAGCUGAACUGACAUUCACUGUGAUUUCACUCACCGUCGGGCUCCAACGCUGAUUCAACAGGCUGAAUCGUUGGAAAAAGAGAUGACAAAGGACGACUAGUGCCAAAGGCGCGGAACAUGCUGCAAAAGACGCUCGCAGACGGUCUGAAAUUGACCAACAGCUGACUGUCUGCUUGGUGUGUCAGGGCCUUUAAACACAUUUUGUUGGUGGUGUCACGUUAGGUGUUUUCUCUGUUUCCAGCCUUUGUGCUGAGGUAAAGUAAAUGCUGGCUGUAACAUACUGUACAAAUAUGACAGUGAUAUCAAUCCUCUCAUCCAACUUUCAGAGAGAAAGUAGCAAAAAUGUCAAAUUACUCCUUUAAUGCUUUAUAUGUUUAGUUUUUUAAAAAUCUCAGAUUCAGAUUCAGGAGCAGGACCAGUUUUUAAAAAGUGCUGGCCUUGUUUUAAGAGUGUUUUUAUAUUCUUUACCCGUUUUGUUCUUACAUAGCUUUGUUUUUUCUAUCCCUGUAAAUACAAUUUAGUUUUGUUUGUUUUUUGGAAAUACAUUUUAGGAAAAAGGUCCAGUGGGCAAACAGUUUACUUCUUGAGGUAACGACUGCCAUCAAACUGAAUUUUCCCUCUCAUGCUGUGACGAUCACCUUUUACAUCCUGGAUGGUGAAAACAAAUGUCAGCCACAGGAACUCUGGCCAUGAAAAACAGAGAGGUGGAGGAGGGUGUGGACGUCUUCAGCCUGCAGAGCAGCAGCCAAUGUUUACCAUGGAGAAGUGUUUUUACUGAAAACAACAAAUGUGGAAGCCAGGAUCACAUGGUUGCGCCACAUUUCUUGCAGCUGCAGAUGUUAAAUUUAAAAUAAAGUCUGUAUUUCUUUACCGA